AUGUCCGAGGUCAGCGUCGUCGAACACGACAUCAGCUUCGUUAUCGAGUACGAUGAGGUCAGUACCUUGCUCGGCAACUCGCCCGGUCGACGUGAAUUCACACGAGGUCGAGUCCUCGUACAUGCAGCCGGUAUCAGACAUGUAAGGGCUCGACAUAGCCAUGCCGAGGUCGAACCGCGAGUCUUCGCCAUCGCGGCGGCGUCCACUGGACGCCGAGACCUUGCUGGGAGCGGAGGCGGGCAUGCAGGGACGUCCGGUGAGGUCGUACCUGCAGUUCUCGAGCCUUCGUGCUCGUUUUCUCUGCUCGCCUCACGUCCUUCCUCCUCCCUUCUCCUCUUCCCCUUCUUGAUCUCCUCGCAGCCUCCUUGUUCGACGUUCCCUGCGUUCUGCGCAGUCUUCUCGCUCGGAGCUGGACUUGAACGCGCGUCGUUCAAGUCCUGGGUCGUGCUGCUGCACAAGUCCAGUACCCCGUUCUUGACGUCAGGGAGGCACACGAGGAACUCGUUGUUCGUAGUGUGGCCUUCCGACGCGGGUGUUGCGACUGGUGACGUACGUACCGGGUGCACCCUCGUGGUCGUGGGGUACACCUCGGUCGCAUGUAAGGGGUCGGAUGACACGCCGGGUACAUCCUUGAUCGAAGUCGAAGUGGGAGACAUGUCGGUCGUGCUGGAUGGCACACCGAACACGUCGUGCGUCGUAACGCCGCUGAGCUCGUAA